UGUGUCAAAGUCAAAUAAAUAUGAAGAUUCGUCACUUUUAUUAACUCACGUUGUAUUUUAUUAGAAUUUUAAUGCAAUUCAACACAUCUUGUUGUGAUUAUAAUAACUACAGUUCUUCAGCAUAAUUGUGCGGUAACGUUAAAUAUAAUAUUCUGUUAAUAAAUAAAAAUGCGGCUUGUAGAUGCAACAAAACUUUCGCAACUUCAAAACAAACCCAAAAAUAUUCGAAAUAUUUGUAUUGUGGCACAUGUGGACCAUGGGAAAACAACAUUGGCCGAUUCUUUAAUAUCCAGCAAUGGUAUCAUAUCACAGAGAAUGUCAGGGAAGCUCAGAUACAUGGACAGCAGGCCAGAUGAGCAAGAGAGAGGUAUAACUAUGAAAAGCAGCAGUAUUGCUCUAUACCAUGCUACAAAUGAAGAAGAAUACUUGGUAAACCUUAUAGAUUCACCUGGACAUAUAGACUUUUCCAGUGAAGUAUCAACAGCAGUCAGAUUGUGUGAUGGAGCUAUAGUUGUUGUCGAUGUUGUAGAAGGUGUAUGCCCACAAACAAGAUUAGCACUCAAACAGGCAUACUCGGAGAAUAUUCGUGCAGUACUUGUACUGAACAAAAUAGACAGGCUCAUAUUAGAAAUGCAAUUGACACCAUUAGAUGCAUAUGUACAUUUGACUCAACUAUUAGAACAAGUUAAUGCUGUUAUGGGAGAAUUAUUUUCCACAGAAGUAUUUGAAAAUGAAAAUACUAGUAUACAGAAACAGAAAGAACAACAGCCAGUUCAAGAAGAUAAGGACUACUAUGAUUGGACAUCAGCCUUAGAAGAAGCAGAUGACUCCACCCUAUACUUUUCACCAGAACAGGGGAAUGUUGUUUUUGCCAGUGCUAUUGAUGGAUGGGGAUUCACCAUCCAUACUUUUGCUAAAUUAUUUUCUACAAAACUUGGAAUCAAAGAAGACCUACUAAGAAAAGUACUUUGGGGUGAUUUCUAUUUAAAUACAAAAACUAAACGUGUAAUGAAAGGUGCACAAGAGAAAGCUAAAAAACCACUGUUUGUACAAGUAAUACUGGAUAACCUUUGGAAUAUUUAUGAAACAAUAGUAACUAGAAAUGAGAAAGAGAAAGUAUCAGUGAUGUGUGAAAAAUUAGGCAUCAAACUUACUGCUAGAGAUCUUAGACAUACAGACACAAGAAUUCAACUUCAAUCACUCAUGAUGCAGUGGAUUCCUCUAUCGCAAACUAUACUCAAUAUGGUGUGUGAAAAACUUCCAUCGCCAAAAGAGAUUAUACCCGAUAAAGUUGAGAAACUCAUGUGUUCAGGUAUAGGAGACUUUGAGGCAUUGCAUCCUGAAACACAAAAGCUUAAAAAGGACUUCUUAGACUGUGAUAGUAAUAGUGAUAAACCUGUUAUUAUUUUUAUAUCGAAAAUGUUUGGUGUAGAUAAAAGUGCGCUACCAGAAAAUAAACCGAAGUCUUUGACAGAAGAUGAGAUGGCUGUUAGAAGAGAGAGAGCUAGGCAGUUGCGUGAACAGCAGAAACUUAAUAAUACUACUACAGAACCUGUUUCAAUUAAUGAACAAAAAAAGGAAAAUAUUAAAGAAGAUAUUGAAGAUAAAACAGAAGAUAACCAGGAAUUAGAUGACAAAGAGCAGCCCGCGUUUAUAGCUUUCGCUAGAAUUUUUAGUGGUAAAGUCAAAAGAGGUGAUAAAGUAUAUGUUUUAGGACCUAAACAUGACCCGUCCAAAGUACUUAGUAGUAAAGAUUAUAAAAUAGAUUAUGAUAAGAAAUUAAAAGAUUUGAAUAGUGAUGAACACAUUACAUGUGCUGAAAUCAAAUCUUUGUACAUUUUAAUGGGAAGAGACUUGGAAAGUAUAGAUGAAGCUAUUGCUGGCAAUAUUAUAGGCAUAGGUGGUCUAGAAGAACAUGUGUUGAAAACUGCAACACUCAGUAGCACAAUAGCUUGUCCAGCAUUCAGUGAGUUACAAUAUGCAGCUGUCCCGAUUCUCAGGGUGGCUGUUGAGCCGACGGUACCUUCACAAUUGCAACAACUAGUCAAAGGUCUCAAACUCUUGAAUCAAUCAGAUUCCUGUGUCCAAGUGCUGUUGCAAGAGACAGGUGAACAUGUUUUAGUCACAGCCGGUGAGGUUCACCUAGAAAGAUGUCUCGAAGAUUUAAAGAAACAUUACGCGAAGAUACCAAUCACUGUCUCCGAACCUAUAGUUCCAUUCAGAGAAACUAUAGUAGAACCACCAAAAAUAGACAUGGCUAACGAAGAAAUUGACGCACAGAAUGUAGACAAAAGUAAUAAAAAAGAGGAAAACCCGGUUAUCACAGUGUAUACAAAUAAUAAACAGAGUAGAAUAAAAAUAAGAGCUAAACCCAUACCAAAUGAAAUAACGGCCCUAUUGGAUAAAUCAGCAGACCUCCUUAAAGCAAUAUCACAACAUAUAAAAAAUCUACAAAGUAUUUCAAAUAAGCAACAAUUAGAAACAAAAUUAGAAGGAUUGUAUCUAAAUGGUACAAAACAUAAGUUGUCGGAUCGCAUGUUAAAACUAAUUCAAAUUUUCAAAGAUGAAUUACAAAGCGUAUGUUCUAAGUUAGGUCCUGAAUGGAAAGACUUUGUUGAUCAAAUUUGGUCCUCAGGGCCUAGAAAUUGCGGUCCAAAUUUACUUCUAAAUCAUACUACUGAUUAUAGCACAAAGUUUCUUCACCACGAAAAAGAAAUUAAAGAUGAUCCUAGACUUGAAUAUGAAAGUAGUUUUGUAAAUGGAUUCCAAUUGGCUACUUUGGCUGGACCGUUAUGUGACGAGCCAAUGAUGGGUGUAGCUUUUUGCGUUGAAGAAUGGACGUUAAAUAAAAAUCAGGGAGAUGAUUCCUCACAAGCCUUUGGACCCCUAUCAGGUCAAAUAAUGUCAGCAGUAAAAGAUGGAUGCAGAAAGGCGUUCCAAGCACAACCUCAGAGGAUAAUGGCCGCUAUGUACUCUUGUGAUAUUGUAGUGGACCAAAAAGUAUUAGGUAAACUAUACGCGGCACUGGGUCGUCGCGGUGGACGCGUCAUAGCCAGUGACUUGCAGGGUGGCUCAUCAUCGUUCAGAGUACGCGCACUACUGCCGGUAGCUGAAAGCUUCAAGUUUGCACUGGAACUCAGGACGCAUACGUCUGGCCUAGCCGCACCACAGUUACUGUUUAGUCACUGGGAGGUAAUAGACAUCGAUCCAUUCUGGCGCCCGCGGACCGAAGAAGAAUAUCUGCAAUGGGGGGAGAAAUGGGACGGAGUGAACCGAGCCAAGGCAUACAUGGACUCGGUCAGGGUCAGGAAAGGCUUGGCCACAGACAAACAGCUGGUCCAACAUGCUGAGAAACAAAGGACUUUGUCUAAGAAGAAGUAGUUAUAAGCUUUCCGUUUCUUACAAAAAGAACUUUCUGUAAUGAUGUUUGUUAUAUGUAGGUAAGUGUUGUACCUCUUUGUUCAGGUACUAUUACGAAUAUGGAUGCAGUCUGAUUUAAAUAGAUGUAGGAUGCAUCGUAUUAAUCUAAAUGUUCAAGGAAUGAUAUUCUGUUAAACUUUAAAUUACUUGUUAUCGCUCAAUUUACUUGUCAAUAUUAUUUGAGCAAACUGGAAAAAAUCUAUCGACCGACUGAAUUCAGUGAUUUUGUUGGUAAAAAUGGCCAUAACUUUCGGGCAAAUGUUUAAAUUUGUCAUUUCAGAAUAAACCCCUAGAUUUAGAUAAAGACCUACGCAGACGAGGCUCAAUUCACAACGUCUGGGCAGACCCAUAAAAAUAAAUAACUCGUCUAUUUUUAUAACAUUGUCAUAAUAAAAAUAAUAAUUGGUUUAGAUCUUGGUGUACAUUACAGAAACAAAGUAAAUAAGAGAUUAUAGUAAUAAAUAAAUAAAUAAUGAAAGGAAUUCUUGGAAGGUUACAUUCUCCAACCUAAUGUAAUUAUAAACCCGAACCCCUUUGCAAUAAAACGAUCACUUAUGAUGAUCUUCAACAGCUAAAUAAAAAUCUCCAUUCAUAAAAUCAUUUAGAAAUUAUAUUCUAAAAUAUCCAAUUUUUUUACCUGGCUACAACAACCCCAAUAAUUUUUUAUUCCAUUUAAAGAAUUUUAAAAUAAAUUAUUUUCUUUGUUCGUUUUUCUUAUUGUAAAUUACAUAUCUUUUUGUAAAAGAGUACAGUUUAAAGGCACAGAAUACAAUAUGUCCAAGAGUUUAAGAUUUCUAAAUACGAGUUAACAUUUAAAAGAUAUAUAUUUUAAUGUAUAACCAUAAAUGGCAUAAAUAAUAAAGCCGUAAUCGUAGUUAUUGUGUAUACUGUAAACCACUUACCUGUAAACAUUCUGUGAACUGUUCUUCCAUUCUGAAACACUGUAAAACUUAAACAUAAAUGCAUGAAAUUAUUAUUAUUGUUUAGAUAUGAUUUUUUAUAGAAUGUUAAAUUUCUUUAUUUCAUAGUUUUCUAUGUUAUUUAUAUCAAUUAAACUAUUAUUGAAAAA